AUGCGUGCAGCCGAAUGUGUCAAACUGUCCCACACACGGCACGAGAGGACACCGGCCCGGGAUGCACAACCAGAAUGAGGUGGAAUUAUUAACACCAUUUGUUUAAAACCGGGUAGCCCCUCUAGCCUGUGAGUACAGAUACCAAAAAAACAUCAGUUGCGAAGCCAUGUUUCGACAAACGAAGGUGGUGCUCCAGAAGCUUCUGCGUCUACGCUUCAAUAGACCGCAGCAAGCCUGGAGGCUGCAGAGCUCUUUAGUAAACGAGAAGGCUUGUCAGUACCAACCGGGGCAGAACAUCCACGGCUUUACUGUCAAAGAGGUUGUCGGGGUCCCUGACCUGUUCAUCACAGCAGUGAAGCUGACCCACGAUCAAACCGGAGCUCAGUACCUCCACGCAGCCAGAGACGACUCCAACAACCUCUUCAGUGUCCAGUUCAGAACGACCCCCCUGGACAACACGGGCGUCCCGCACAUCCUGGAGCACACGGUGCUUUGUGGAUCCAAGAGGUACCCCUGCAGGGACCCUUUCUUCAAGAUGCUGGACAGGUCGCUGUCCACCUUCAUGAAUGCUUUCACAGCCAAUGACUACACCAUGUAUCCGUUCUCAACGCAAAAUGGGAAGGACUUCCAGAAUCUUCUGUCGGUCUACCUGGACGCAGUUUUCUUCCCUAUUUUACGAGAGCAGGACUUCUGUCAAGAGGGCUGGAGGCUGGAGCACGAAGACCCGACAGAUCUCAACUCCCCUCUGAUGUUUAAAGGAGUGGUGUUCAACGAAAUGAAGGGAGCUUUUUCAGACAACGAGCGUGUGUACGCACAGCACCUCCAGAACAAGCUGUAUCCGGAACACACCUACUCCGUGGUGGCGGGGGGGGAGCCUCUAGCCAUCCCCGACCUCACCUGGGAGCAGCUGAAGGAGUUCCACGCCACGCAUUACCACCCCAGCAACGCAAGGUUCUUCACCUACGGAGAUUUGCCGUUGGAGCAGCACCUGGAGCAGAUCCAAGAGGAAGCUCUGUCCAAGUUUGAUCGCGUCACCGCAAACACCGAAGUCCCGCCUCAGUCUCUUUGGAGCAGCCCUAGAGAAGCCCAUGUGACAUGCAGCCCUGAUGCUUUGGCUCCAGAUCCGGCCCGGCAACACAGACUGUGUGUGAGCUACCUGCUGGGAGACAUCACUGACACGUUUGAAGGAUUCACUCUCAACUUGCUGUCCUCUCUGAUGAUCUCUGGACCAAACUCUCCCUUCUACAAGGCGCUCAUUGAACCCGAGAUAGGAAGCGACUAUUCUUCUGUCGUAGGGUACGACGGCAGCACCAGAGAGGCGUCGUUCCGGGUCGGCCUGCAGGGGAUGGCUGAGGAGGACGCGGAGAAGGUGAAACAAAUCAUCAGCCAAACCAUCGACGACAUCGUCGAAACCGGCUUCCCGGAGGAAAGAAUCGACGCGCUGCUUCAUGAGAUCGAGAUCGGGUUGAAACACCAGUCUGCGAACUUCGGCCUGUCUCUGGCCUCGUUCAUUGCGUCAUCAUGGAACCACGGCGGCGACCCGGUGGAGCUGCUGCAGAUCAAUGACAGCGUGGACAAGUUCAGAGAAGCCCUGAAGGAAAACCCUCGCUUCCUGCAGGACAAAGUGAAGCACUACUUCAAGGAGAACCCGCACAGACUGACCCUGUCGAUGAGCCCAGACGAGGCCUACUUGGAGAAGCAGGCCAAGGCCGAGGAGGAGAAGCUCCAGAAGAAGAUCAACGCUCUGUCUGAAGGUGACAGAAAGGAGAUCUAUGAGAAAGGUCUGCAGCUGCUGGCUGCUCAGAGUUGCCCCCCCGAUGCCUCCUCGCUGCCUUCCCUCAAAGUGUCCGACAUCGCGCCCACCGUACCCGUCACGCCGGUUCAGAUCGGCACCGCAGGGGGGGUCCCGGUUCAGUACUGUGAGCAGCCGACCAACGGCUUGGUUUACUUCAGAGCUUUCUGCAGCCUCAACACGCUGCCGGAGGACGUCAAGCUUCAUGUCCCGCUCUUCUGCAACGUCAUCACCAAGAUGGGCAGUGCCACGCAGGACUACAAGCAACAGGCCCAGCAGAUGGAGCGGAGGACAGGGGGCAUGUCCGUCUCCACCCGGGUCAUCACCGACUCCACCCACCUGGACAUGUACGAGCAGGGUGUCCUCCUGUCCUCCUCCUGCCUGGAGAGGAACCUCCCUCACAUGUUCCGCCUGUGGAGCGACAUAUUCAACAGCCCCCACUUUAAGGACGAGGAGCGGAUGAGAGCGCUGGUGAAGAUGUCGGCGCAGGAGUUGGCCAAUGGCAUCUCCUACUCUGGUCACAUGUAUGCCAUGACCCGGGCAGGGAGACACCUGACUCCAGCAGCAGAACUCAACGAGGCUUUUGAUGGGAUGGAACAGGUGAAGUUUAUGAAGUCGAUCGCUGAGACGUCCGACCUCAGCAGAGUCAUCCGAAUGUUACCGAGAAUCAAGAAGCACCUUCUCAACCCUGCAAACAUGAGGUGUGCGAUCAACACGACUCCACAGAACAUGUCGGACUCAUCAGCGCAGCUGGAGAGUUUUAUGAAGGAAGUCGCUGUUAACAGCAAAGUUCGUAGACCUGUCAGGACUAAUAUCAUAGAGAGGCCGAUUCGCACGGAGAACACCGCCAUGAGUAGGAAACUCAUUUUGGAUGAGAACUUCAAGCCGUGUCAGAUGAAGACGAUCUUCCAGCUUCCCUUCCCGGUGAACUUUGUGAGCGAGGCCAUCCGCACGGUGCCGUUCUCCCACGAGGACAACGCCAGUCUGCGGAUUUUGGGGAGGAUGAUGACGUCGAAAUUUCUCCACGGAGAGAUCCGGGAGAAGGGAGGAGCCUACGGGGGCGGGGCCAGGAUGAGUGGCGGCCUCUUCUCCUUCUACUCGUACAGGGACCCGACCCCGGUGCAGACCUUGUCCGUGUUCCGUAGAGGUGUGGACUGGGCCAAGUCGGGACAGUUCAGCCAGCAGGACAUCGAUGAAGCCAAAAUGUCCGUCUUCUCCUCGGUCGACUCACCCGUGUCCCCCGCCAACAAAGGACUCGACGGCUUCCUCACCGGCGUCACGGACGAGAUGCUGCAGGACCACAGAGAGCGACUCUUCGCCGCCUCUCACAGGAGCCUCGUGGAAGUGGCCGAACGGUACCUCGGCGCCGGGCAGAGGACGUGUGGCGUUGCCGUCCUGGGUCCAGGAAGCGAGACAAUUAAGAAAGAUCCAUCAUGGAUCAAAAAGUAAUGUGAUCAGCAGCUGUUUUAUAUUUCAAGUGUUAUAUAUCUUAUUAAGAGCGUUGCCUUCAGCGGCAUCUUUAUGUCCCUGAACGCAACUCUUAAUAAGAUUAUUACAUUUUGGCAAAAAAGUGGAAGCUUUUGUUGUCGCUGUGAUCUGAUUCUUCAGAUUAAAACCGUUAUCAUGAA